CCUGCGUCCGCAGCAGAGUCGAAGGCGGGUCUUCCUCAGAGCCUAAGUCUGAGGAACAGUCAAAAGACGCAAAAAGGAAUGGUAUUAAUUAUCCCUCUGCUAAUGAGGACCAGGGAGUGGUUCACUCCAGCCCCGUCCGGUAGAAAUCUGAUUCCAGCCACUACCCACGCAGAAAAAGUCUUUCGCCUUCCACCUCCUCAGCCACUCUGGACUACAGCCCCCAGAAGGCAUCGGAGCCGAACCAUCCGACUUGCGCAGCGGUGUUCGUUGUAAAGUGCUAUGACAACAGGGCGAAGAUGGCUUGGAGUUAGGCAGGAGUGGGGAGGUGUCCCUUCCGCCGUUGGUGUCCUUUAUCUUCUACAUCCCGCUGACUGCCUCCCUCACCAUUUCCUCCUCUUUGUGAGAAGCGGGACUUGCCGUUGUUCUGGCCUGCCUGGACUCUUCCGAGAGAUUGAUGCCGUUUUCCCCGCUUGUCUCUGGGCUUGACACAGAAAGGAUGCAGGUUUACUCCUCGUGGGUGUCACUCCAACUCUGUGGAGGUGGUGGUGCUGCCUGGUGAGGCUCUUUCUCUCUGCCUGGGACGUGGAACAGGUUGGAGCGGGGAAACGACAGGGAAUAGUGAAGCGAGCGGUUGCUUUUCUCUGCACCCUCCAUUGGUCUCGUCGUUCCAGCCCUGGGACCCUGGCGGGCAUUCUUAAAGGGAGAUCUGCAGAGAGUUGCCGGAAAGGUGGAGCAGGACCCACCUGAUUCGGCAUCAGUGAACGAAAAUGUCUUUAUUUAAAGCCCGGGAUUGGUGGUCUACUGUUCUGGGAGAAAAAGAAGAAUUUGAUCAAGGCUGUUUGUGUUUGGCUGAUGUUGACAAUACUGGAAAUGGACAAGAUAAAAUAAUUGUGGGUAGCUUUAUGGGAUACCUAAGAAUCUUUAACCCCCAUCCUGUAAAAACAGGAGAUGGCGCUCAAGCUGAAGAUAUGCUUCUAGAAGUGUAUCUACGAGAUCCAAUACUACAAGUGGAAGUAGGAAAGUUUGUUUCAGGUACUGAAAUGCUUCAUUUGGCUGUGCUGCAUUCUAGAAAACUUUGUGUCUACUCUGUCUCAGGAACCUUGGGUAAUGUGGAACAUGGGAACCAAUAUCAGAUCAAAUUAAUGUAUGAACAUAAUCUUCAGAGAACAGCCUGCAAUAUGACUUAUGGAUCAUUUGGUGGUGUAAAAGGUCGAGAUUUAAUUUGUAUCCAGUCUAUGGACGGGAUGCUGAUGGUGUUUGAACAGGAAAGCUAUGCUUUUGGGAGAUUUCUCCCUGGUUCUCUUUUACCUGGCCCUCUUGCUUACAGUUCUCGUACUGAUUCCUUCAUUACUGUCUCUUCCUGUCGACAAGUGGAAAGUUACAAGUACCAGGUGCUUGCUUUUGCAACGGAUGCAGAUAAAAGACAGGAGACUGAACAACAAAAACUUGGUUCUGGAAAAAGACUUGUUGUGGAUUGGACUCUAAAUAUUGGAGAGCAAGCCCUUGAUAUAUGUAUUGUCUCUUUCAAUCAGUCAGCAUCUUCUGUUUUUGUUCUUGGUGAGAGAAACUUUUUUUGCCUUAAGGAUAACGGACAGAUUCGAUUCAUGAAGAAACUUGAUUGUAGCCCAAGUUGUUUUCUCCCAUAUUGCUCAGUUUCUGAAGGAACAAUAAAUACUUUGAUUGGAAACCAUAAUCACAUGUUACAUAUUUAUCAGGAUGUGACACUGAAGUGGGCCACACAGCUUCCCCACAUUCCUGUAGCAGUAAGAGUGGGCUGUUUACAUGAUUUAAAGGGAGUGAUAGUCACUCUGAGUGAUGAUGGUCACUUGCAGUGUUCAUACCUGGGGACAGACCCUUCUUUUUUCCAAGCUCCAAAAGUUGAAUCUAGAGAACUACACUAUGAAGAACUUGAUAUAGAACUGAAAGAACUUCAGAAAAUCAUCAAAGAUGUUAAUAAAUCGCAAGGUAUCUGGCCCAUGACUGAGAGAGAAGAUGACUUGAAAGUUUCUGCCAUGGUUUCUCCUAAAUUUGAUUCAGUGUCUCAAGCUGCUGAUGUUGAAGUGGGAACUGACCUUGUCCCUUCAGUCACAGUGAAGGUCACAUUGCAGAAUCGACUGGCUUUGCAAAAAGCCAAAUUAUCAGUUUAUGUGCAACCACCUUUAGUAUUGACUUGUGAUCAGUUCACCUUUGAAUUUAUGGCACCAGAGAUGAGCAGAACAGUAGCCUUUUCUGUUUAUCUGAAAGGGAGUUAUACACCGUCUGAAUUGGAAGGAAAUGCUGUUGUUUCUUAUUCCAGACCAUCAGAUAUAAAUCCUGAUGGCAUUCCUCGGGUUAUCCAAUGUAAAUUUAGACUUCCCCUGAAACUAAUCUGUCUCCCAGGACAGCCUUCAAAAACUGCAAGCCACAAACUAACUAUUGAUACCAACAAAUCUCCAGUCAGUCUUCUCAGUCUCUUUCCAGGCUUUUCCAAUCAGUCAGAAGACGAUCAGGUGAAUGUAAUGGGUUUUCGCUUCUUAGGAGGUUCCCGAGUUACUCUUCUUGCUUCUAAAACCUCUCAACGAUACCGCAUUCAGAGUGAACAGUUUGAAGAUCUUUGGCUCAUAACAAAUGAACUUAUUAUCCGCCUUCAAGAAUAUUUUGAAAAACAGGGAAUCAAAGAUUUUGCAUGUUCUUUUUCUGGAAGUAUGCCCCUUCAAGAAUAUUUUGAGUUGAUUGAUCAUCAUUUUGAGUUGCGGAUAAAUGGUGAGAAAUUAGAAGAACUGUUAUCUGAAAGAGCUGUACAAUUUCGGGCCAUUCAACGCCGACUAUUAACAAGGUUCAAAGAUAAAACACCUGCCCCCCUCCAACACCUGGACACCUUGCUAGAUGGAACUUAUAAGCAGGUUUCUAUGCCUAGGAAAGCCUUUCCCAUGCCAAGACUGCAUGAAUAUCAACAUAUAAUUUAUUGUAGCAUUUUUAUGCUAUCAAUCUUUAUAUAUACUUGUAAAAUCCAUCUGGAAUUUAUUAUACAAUUUAGUGGGAAUCUAAUCUCCCUGCCAAAAAUGGUGAGCGAGUUGUCUCAGCCCGUUUAUUACAUAAUCCAUUCUUCCCCUGCUGAGCUAAAGUACUACCUGUAUCAUUUAUUGAUUUUGCUGUAUAGCAAACCACCCUAAACCUUAGUGACUUAAAACAACAGUAAUUCAUUGUUGUUCAUUUGGGCAGUUCUGUUGAUCUGCCCUAUGCUUGAUUGUUCUUGACUGGGCUCAGUCAUGUGUCCAUCAGAUGGUGGCUCAGCUGGAGACUGGAUGGUCCGGGAUGUACUUACUCACAUAUUUGGCAGUUUGCUCACAGUUCUAUGGGAUCAUUGUGCCACAUGUCUCUUCUGGCCUAGCAGGCUGUCCUGGGUUUAUUCACAUUGUGGCUACAGGUCCCAGUGUACAAGCCCUCUUCAAGUCUGUGCCUGUGCCAUGCCUCUAAUUCCCUAUAGGUUUUGUCCAACCCAGAUCAAAGAGGUAAGGAAGUAGACUCUCCCUCCUUACUGGAUGAGUAGAGAAUUGUGGGAAUUUUUAUAAUCUAUCCUACUUUUUUUCUUUCUAACAUAUACUAAAUUAGCAAAAUGUUUUUGAAGACAGUUAUUUUUCUUUCCAUAACACUUGGACUUAGGUUUUCUAUACUUUUGACUUUCAAAUCUAAAUUUUUAUUAUCAUUAUGGUAUUAUUUAUUCAUAAUCAAUUUUGGUCUAUGAACUCUAAAGAGAAUGUAUAAUUAAUUAGGUUGUCAAGAGUUGUUAAAAGCAAACAGAUCAUCUGUGCUGUUUAUAGGUUUGGGAGACUGCCUGAAUACUUGCCUGUAUGCUUAGUUAUGGUCCAUUGUUUGGGGGUGGAAUCCACCUGUCCAGGGUGGGUUUUUUGUGGGCAUGCAGCCUGCACAGUCACACACGACCCUUGUUUGGUUUAAAGCUCUGUGGUCACCAUCUUGAAAUUAAUUAUUAAUGCUGUUUGGAAAAGGAGACCCUCUAUUUUCCUUUUGCUUUGGGCCCCUCAAGUAAUGUAUAUGGUCCUGGCCCUAUUAGAAUACUAAUUUCUGAUGAAUAGAGUAAGACAACUGGGAGUUCAAAUAUAGAACAGAGUUCAAAGAGAAAACAGCUUUAUGACCACUACUCCAAAGCCAACUGUAAGUUUCCCUGAAGUUGAAGAAAAAGGAAUACAGCUCAAGGGUUUCUUUCUGGGAAAGGCAUCUUGGUUAACUGAUGAUGAAUGAUAAGGCUUUUCCGAGUAUCAUUUGACAAUUAGUUGUCUCUGGGCAUGUUGUGAGUACCAGCCUCUUUUUAGACUUCCAGCAGUUACUGGCUCCAAGAUGUGCCAUCAAUGAGUUUUGGUGCACAAAGGGGUCGGCCAAACCCCUUUUCUUCUCUUUUCAACUGGAAGUCGUUUCUUUAUCCUGUAUUUUUGAUUGGAUAGGAACCCCACAACCUACAUCUCCACAUAAGCAUUUUACUCUUACCUUUCCUACAUAGUAUCUACCUUCCAUCAUAUCACACUCCAUUGAGGGCAUCUACCCGGCACUCUUUCCUGAGGUCAGCCUAUGGCUGAAGCAAGGAGAGGAGACUGGGGCUGUCACUCUGAGAAAAGCAUCUUGUGAUCCUUACAUCCUCCAGUGAGUGAGGACUUUCCAGUUGCCCACUACAAUUUCAAUAAUUUAUUCUAGAAUUUGGAAAAAAAAGUCUCGCUUUUUGAAAAAGAUUUCUCUUUUUCUUCUGGCUCUAAAGGUACAAUGUUGAAAGAAAGUAACCAUGUCAAGAAUUUCUUUUUGUGAGCUGUUAGAAAUCUAGAUUUCCUCAUUUGUACAAUCAGAAUACUGCCUGUCAAUCUGAAUAUAUUUUUGGAGGACCUAAGAAAAGAAGUAAGGGAAGGAAGGGGAAUUCAUGUUUACUGAGCAUCUGUUGAGACUGAGGUAAAUUUCAUUUAUUACUUCAUUUAAUAAUCACAGUCAUAUUGUGAAGGUGGCAUUAUUGUUUCCAAGAAGGGAUCCCAAAUUAUGGAUAAAGAGCUUGAGACUCCAAGCAGGAUUAAGCAACUUGCUCAGUGUUACACAGAUAUUAAGCCAUCUAUUCCAAAGUCCAUGCUCUAGUAUGUCAUGUGACAUGUUUAAUCAUUUUCAUGUGGGACGUAGACAUCCUAGAUUUUUGUUUUGCAAAACCACAGUGAGAUCGAAGAAAAAGGAGAUUCAUGCAAAUUAUUUGCACAUAUUCAUAUUGUAUAUCAGUGUAUAUUCACGAUCAUCCAAUAUCCAUUGGGUAUAAACCUAUCAGAAAGGGAGCAAAGUCUUCUGGAGAGUUCCCCAAAGUAUGUAUUGCAUCUGAAACUUCAGUAUCAGAGGAAGAGGUAGCUUUGUUAAUUUAUUAACUUAUACUGAAAUUAGAUUUCUUUGCUAUCAAAUUCUAAUGAUUAUUGCCUUUUGCAGAAAACCUUUGGAAAAUAAGUUCUCUUUCAUGUUAUAAAAAUUUCAUGUACAUUUGUUAGUCAAAGCAGGACUGAUUGGUUGAAAUGAAAUCGAGGAGAUUUAGACUUGCCCUACGGUUUGGCUUGUGUUUUGUUGCUUUUAUGUGUACUGGUUUUCUCCCCCUCCCACUUGAACACUAACCCUCUGUUGUAGCAGAGGAAAAAUGUUUACUAAUCUAAAAGUUUGUGUCAGAUGACAUAUGUGUGAUGUAAUGACUGAUAGUCAUUAGUGUUCUAGAAAGGCACUUGGCUGAUUUUUCUCUUCUGCAAAACAGAGGUUGUAUUAGGCAUAAUUUUAAACAGAGAGCCUGUGGUUUGGAGUUUGCUAUUUGUUACUUUUUCUGUACUUACAACUUCCUUCCACUUUGUUUAUUUGUAUGGUAUUGAUGUUAAAAAUCAUUUUAAGUCACGCAGAAGUGUAAGAGUUUUUUGGUCCAUGACUUUUUAAAUGAGUGUGAUUUUGGCUGAUAACACAAAGGAGUAUGUGAUGAAACGUUCAGGCUUAGUUUCCUCCUUGCCACUGGCAAGUAAAAACAAUACACUGAUAGAUUGAGAAGGAAGUAUCAGGGAUAUGGUGAUGUUGCUGCAUUUGUUUUUUUUUUCUAACUACUUAAGAGCUAAGAAGAAGUUCUUUCUCUUAUGAAGGAGAUAGAGUAAACAAGUGAGAAAGGGACACAGAAAUUUAUAGCCAUAUGUUUGGGGGUAAAUGGAAGUGGUAAGUUAAAAAAUGGACUUUGUAUGUUUUUACCCCAUAAUGCUACUGUUGGCUAUUUACCUAAGAAAAUAGUUCACGAAGGAAAAAAAUAUAUCCUACACAUUGGUCAUUUGUAACAUUAAUCACUAUAAACCAGCUUUUCAUGGCUAGAAAAUUAUUGGGUUUAUUUUAGUGCUACCAUUUGAUAUGAUCUCAUUUCAUAUCAUUAUUUCAUUUCAUUAUUUAAAAAACUAGAAUAAUAGAAACAUUUCAAAUAAUUGAAAAAAGCAGAUUAGUAUGUAGUAACCUUCAAAUAAUGAAAUAGAUGUAUCUAUAGUAGGUGAGUGUGCAAAGAUUUAGAAGGGAUGUAAAAUAUUGAAAAUGAUGUGCAUUUGUUUUAGAUGAUUUUAAAUUCUUAAGCAAUUUUCCUUAAUAUUAUGACAAUUUGAUAAGCAUGAAAAUAAUUUUUCACAAUAUGUGAAUGUUCUUAAUACUAUUGAACUAUAUACCUAAAAAAGGAUGAUACAUUUUAUGUACAUUCCUUGUAUUUUACCACAAUUUUUAAAAAUAAUAGCUUUUUAAAAAAUGAGAUGUGAUCACAAGCUCCUGGUCUUCAUUGGUAUUUUUCUGAAGGAAAUAUUUUCUCUCCCCCCUAUAUACCCUAUACACUUAUUUCCCUAUUCUCUGAAUGCUUAGAACUUCGGAUUAUUGUUCCAUACAUGAGUUAGUUUAUUUCUAUUCAGUCAAAAGGGAGCAAUUAGAUAACUGAAUGGUAUGCUUGAAUGAAUAUAUGAAUAAGGAUGAGGAGUGUCUUAUUCUGACUCUGCCCUCACUAGCCCCUCAGUGAAAGUAGCGAAGUGUACAAAGCUCUUCUAAAACUAUGUAAAUUUUUCUUAAUGUAGGUCAGAGUGCAAUCGAGAAUGUAAUCUCCGAAGUGUGUUUGUUAUAAGUUUAUCACUGAUGUAUUCAGUAUAUGUGUGUGGCUAUAAGAUCUACUCGGACAAAAAUGUAAUUCAAGUCACCAAUACAAGCCAUGUAUGUAAUUUUAAGUUUUCUUGUAGCCACAUUU